ACACAUGAUAUUUUUUUUAGCAUUGUGUAGCAGAUUGCAAAAUCAAAUUUCGUGAGGAAUCAGGUGCCCAUAAAUCUGGUAUCUUCAUAAUGGCAUAUAGAGGAAAGUCAAGGUAAACGAAACCAUCAUAUUCUUCAACUUGCAGCCAACCAAAUAUGUUCAAGUCCAUUCAAUCAUCCCUUCUUUUUUUCACAGUCCAUAAAAUAUUUUUUUUUUUUCUUUCUAGAAUUAUCUGAGCCUCACGACUAAAACGGAAGACCCAGUCCAAGUCACCAUUCAUUUUUUUUCCCAGUCUCCUCACCUUAUAACGCGCAUUGUCGUAUGCUCCAAAUCUAUAUAUAGAGAAAUAUUCGGCCUCUCCUCAUCGAGAGCAAAGCAGGACACAGGAAGAUUCCGAGCCACGCUCCCCUUUUUCCAUCGUUGUAGUGUCACGGACUUGGGUAUUUCCAAAUCGCCAGUUCGCCACUCAGAUAAUAAAAAGAACAAUGGAAUCAGGUGGAGCCGGUCGGAGAAGCUUAAGCAUCAACAACCGGUCAUUCCGGCUCCGCUGCCCCAGCCUCAACUCCGUCCGCCUCCGCCGCAUCUUCGACCUAUUUGACAAGAACUCCGACGGCACCAUCACCGUCACGGAGCUCAGCCAGGCCCUCGCCCUCCUGGGCCUCGACGCCGACCUCCCCGACCUCCAGUCCAUCGUCCAGUCACACAUCAAGCCCGGCAACCUCGGCCUCGAAUUCGAUGACUUCGCGGCCCUCCACCUCUCCCUGAACGACACCUACUUCUUCGACGUCGAAGAAGAGUUAAAAGGAGACGGCGCCGAGCAGUCGGAGCUGUCGCAGGAGGAGUCUGACCUAAACGAGGCCUUUAAAGUGUUCGACGAAGACGGCGACGGAUACAUCUCGGCGCAGGAGUUGCAGGUGGUGCUGGGGAAAUUAGGGCUAGCGGAGGGGAAGGAAAUAGGGAGAGUGAAGCAGAUGAUAACAUCAGUGGACAGAAACCAGGACGGGCGCGUGGAUUUCUUUGAAUUCAAGGACAUGAUGCGAAGCGUAGUUGUUCGGAGCUCUUGAUGAUGAUCUUCUUCUCCAGCUUGAAAAAAUGCGUAGCUUUUUUUGUUUUGAUUUUUGUGGAUGUUUUAUGAAAAUUGGGGAUGAUACACUCGUACAUACUGGGUGUGUCGUGUGUGUACAUACUCCUGCUGUAUGUGUACGUGCACUUUGGGUUUUUUAAACUUAUUUUACAAAGAUUAAACUGUAAUUUUACUUACAUCAAUGGCAUCCAAAGGACACAAAUAUUCAAAAA